AUGGCGAGUGGGUUAUCAGUGAAUGAAGACGAGGUGUUGAUGAACAGAGAUGAACCAGACUAUCAAAUAUGGCUCGCGGAGCGUUCGUGCAGCACAUACAUACACGAACUGAGGAAAGGUGAAAUAUAUUAUCCUGAACAUUCAAGAAAAGUAGAUUACAUGUUCCAGAAAAAAAUUAAGAUGUUACUUAUUGAUUGUGAUCUUGCUGUUAUUUUGCUGACAGAGGAUGGAGAAGUGUAUUGCUGGUACGAGGUUCCAUGGGUUAAUUUUAAUAUAGAAUAUUAUUCUCAGAUAGUUGAUUUGAGAUAUUCACGUAUUGUACAAAGUGCAGUUGGUGGUAAUCGCACUUUUAUCAUUUUAACUGAUGAUCAAAAGGUAUUCUAUUUCCAAAUCUUCUACUUUGAUGGCAUAAGUUGGAUGAAACGCAUGUAUUUCCAAAAAAAGAUCGAGUCUGUUUGCUGUGGUGACAGUUUCUUCAUAGUGCUUACUGAAAACAAAAAGAUGUACACCUGGGGAAGAAAUCAUCAUGGUCAAUUAGGUGUUUCUACGUGCAGGGAUGAAUUUAUAAGCGAACCACUUGAAGUUAAAAAUAAAAUCAUUCGCAUGACAAAAAUAACUUGUGGUUAUACACAUGUACUUGCAUUAUCUACAGAAGGAAAUAUUUUCAUCUGGGGUGGAAACUCUCAUGGACAAUUGGGUUGUAAUUCUAGAAAUGAUAUUCAUGAUCCUCAAAUGAUUAUGAUAACGCCUGCACCAAUGAAAAUGUUGGAUGUUGCUGCCAUGAAAAAUAUGAGUUGUGCUAUAAGCGAAGAAAAACUUAUUUAUGUGUGGGGCAACUGUUUCGAUCAACAAAUUCAGAUACCUGUUGCCUGUGAAUACACAACUCUAUUUGACAUAUGUAACGCGAUGUCUGCCAGACCGCCAACUACUGUGAAAUGCUUUGAACAAAGCGAGAAGGCUACAAUACUGAACGAUAUCGCAAAGGCGUUUAAUAAUCCUAGUUUCAGCGAUCUUGUGAUAAAAAUCGAACAGCAAUCUAUUUAUGUCUACAAAAAUAUCCUACAAUUUCGUACUUCACAUUUCAAACGGAUAGACCAAUUUAUAAGCUUUGAAGAUGGUCAAAAUGUCAUCAGGCUUAAUGGAUUUUCCUAUGCCAUAUAUAACAUCUAUUUCAAAUAUUUAUAUACUGGCAAUAUAUAUAUCUCUGAUAUGUCUCUGGAAGAGAGAUUUCAUCUCCUGAGAUUAGCUGAUUCAUUGAACGAUAAUAGAUUCAAAGAAAGUUGUUAUAGAGUGAUAAAGAAAAACAUAACGGAUGAAAAUGUAUUUGUUCUUUACAAUAUGGCGCAAAAGUAUAGCGACAAUUUACUGGAGAAGUUAUGUAUUCAGUAUUUCCAAGAAAAUAAACCCUAUGUGAUACAGAUGCCGAAUUUUUUAGAAUUAAACGAAGAUGUAAGAAAUAUGUUUAUGGAUCUACCAUACUGGUGA